AUGCACCAGAUACAUACACCCAACACAAUGCCUGGAGUGCUAACACAAUCGCCUGCAAAGGUGCCCAGCAAACGCGUGCUGCAGGAUACCACACGUUCCAGGCAACACCAACAGGCCUCGCCACAGAAGAAACGCAAGCUCGAGGACUCGAAACCAGCCUUCAGACAACCAGGCAAGAGAGGCCCGAAUGGCAUUGGGUCUAGUCAGCCCAAGAGCCAGUUCGAAGAGGAGGUCCUAGAGAAGCUCACCCAGAAUCUCGGGUCGUUGAAGGAGAACAAUGCAGAGAAAGAUCAGCAGUGGUCACGGCCGAGUCUCGACGGCUUCAAUGAGAAGACAGACACCGUCUCCUUCCAAGCAAUCGAUGCUGAAGAAGGCACAUUACAUGGUGGCAAGGCGACUGUCAAACUGUUUGGUGUGACGGAAGCUGGGCAGUCGGUACUGCUGCACGUUACAGACUUUCUACACUAUCUUUACGUCGCGGCACCCAUUGCAUUCACCAAGAAUGAUUGCGAACCAUACAAGCUCUUCCUGGAAUCCAGCAUGGCACAACACUCCGCAGCCAUUCAGUCUGUCCAGAUGGUCCCUCGCGAGAACCUCUUCGGCUUUCAGGGCAAUCAAAAGAGUCCGUACUUGAAGAUCACCGUGACAGAUCCAAAGUUCAUCAACAAGUUGCGGACCACCAUACAAAGCGGCAACGCCAACUACAAGGGGAUGUGGAAGGUCGCCGAGGGCGGGAUCCUGACCUUCGACAACAUUCAGUAUGUGCUCAGGUUCAUGAUCGAUACGGGUGUGGCGGGCAUGUCCUGGGUGUCAACUCACGGUGGCAAGUAUCAUAUGAUCCCCGAUCGCGAUCGUCAGUCAACUUGCCAGAUUGAAGCGCACUGUCACUACCGAGACCUCAUUGCACAUCCUGUUGACGGCGAAUGGCAGAAGAUGGCCCCUCUGCGUGUGCUCAGCUUCGACAUCGAAUGUGCUGGCCGCAAAGGUGUAUUCCCAGAAGCAAAUGUCGAUCCAGUCAUCCAGAUCGCGAACGUCGUCACUAGAUAUGGUGAAGAAAAGCCUUUCGUGAGGAACGUCUUCUGCAUGGAUACGUGCAGUCUGAUCGUCAACACACAAAUUUUCGAGUUUGGCGCAGAAGAGAAGAUGCUCAUGGCAUGGCGAGACUUUGUCGAAGAGGUGGAUCCUGAUGUGAUCAUCGGAUACAACAUCUCGAACUUCGACUUCCCGUAUCUCCUGGAUCGUGCUGCGUUUCUCAAAGUCGGCAGAUUCCCAUUUUUGACUCGCCUCAGAAACAUGAAGUCGAUGGCCAGAGACACCAACUUUUCCAGCAAGCAGAUGGGCAACCGCGACACGAAAGCCACCAACACGAAUGGACGACUACAACUGGAUCUUCUCCAGCUGAUUCAGCGAGACUACCAGCUGCGAAGUUAUACUCUUAAUUCUGUAUCUGCACACUUCUUGAACGAGCAGAAGGAAGACGUACAUCACACCAUGAUUACGGAGCUGUACAACGGCACACCCGAAUCCCGUCGAAGACUGGCCGUGUACUGUCUAAAGGACGCGUAUCUGCCUCAACGUCUAAUGGACAAGCUCAUGUGUCUGAUCAAUUACACUGAGAUGGCAAGGGUCACGGGCGUGCCAUUCAACUUUUUGCUUUCGAAAGGUCAGCAAAUCAAGUUCAUCAGCCAACUUUUCAGAAAAGCGCUCGAACAGCAAUUGGUGGUCCCUGACCUGAAGAGUGAAGGCAGCGACGAGCAGUAUGAAGGUGCUACAGUCAUUGAGCCUACCAGAGGAUAUUACGAUGUCCCAGUCGCGACCCUGGAUUUCGCAUCGCUGUAUCCCAGUAUCAUCCAGGCCCACAACCUUUGCUAUACUACUCUGCUCAACAAAAACGCGGUCGAGAAAAUGCAGCUCAAGAAGGAUGAUGAUUACAUUGUCACUCCCAAUGGAGACCUCUUUGCGACGACCAAAGUUCGGAAGGGGCUGCUAUCUCAAAUUCUCGAGGAACUCCUGGGCGCGCGAAAACGUGCCAAAAAGGAGCUCGCUGUUGAGACUGAUCCCUUCAAGAAGGCCGUGCUGAACGGUCGUCAACUGGCAUUAAAGAUAAGCGCAAACUCUGUUUACGGUCUGACAGGUGCGACGGUCGGUAAAUUGCCCUGUCUGGCCAUUGCCAGUAGCACUACAUCCUAUGGCCGUCAAAUGAUCGAAAAGACCAAGGAAGAAGUCGAGGGCAAGUACACAAUAGCAAACGGCUACAGCCAUGAUGCCCAAGUCAUCUAUGGUGACACUGACUCCGUCAUGGUCAAGUUCGGGCCCAACGACCUGGCAAAGGCUAUGGAGCUCGGGCAAGAAGCCGCUGACUACGUCUCGAGCAAGUUCAUCAAGCCCAUCAAGCUCGAGUUCGAGAAGGUGUACUUUCCGUACUUGCUGAUCAACAAGAAGCGAUAUGCCGGGCUGUACUGGACCAAGCCCGACAAUUAUGAUAAGAUGGAUACCAAGGGUAUCGAGACUGUGCGCCGAGACAACUGCCGGCUUGUGCAGAAUGUCAUCGAGACAAGCCUCAAGAUGCUGCUCAUUGACCAGGACGUACAAGGAGCUCAAGACUAUGUCAAGGAAACCAUUGCAGAGCUGCUCCAAAAUAGAGUCGACAUGUCCAACCUCGUGAUCACGAAAGCCCUGACCAAGUCGGAUUACGCCAACAAACAGGCACAUACUGAACUUGCCGAGCGUAUGCGCAAGCGUGAUGCGGGAUCUGCGCCGGCACUCGGCGAUCGCGUGGCCUAUGUGAUGGUGAAGGGUGCAGCAGGGUCCAAGGGCUAUGAGAAGUCCGAAGAUCCCAUGUUCGUGCUCGAACACAACCUUCCCAUUGACACCAAGUACUAUCUGGACAACCAGCUGGCCAAACCACUGGGCCGGAUCUUUGAGCCGAUCCUUGGCGAGAAGAAAGCCGGACAAUUAUUGACGGGCGAACACACGCGUGCUAUAUCUGUCGCGGCGCCCACGAUGGGUGGGCUGAUGAAGUUCGCCAAGAAGACAGAAACCUGUCUCGGCUGCAAAAAGCCACUUGCCUCGAAAGAGGAACAGGGCGGCGCGGUCGGUGAAGAGUGCAGACCCAGGUUUGCUGAGCUUUAUCAGAGAUCGCUGAGCAAAGUGGCUGAGCUGGAGGUCCGCUUCAACCGACUAUGGACUCAGUGUCAACGCUGCCAAGGCAGCAUGCACAACGAAGUGAUCUGUUCCAGCAGGGACUGUCCAAUCUUCUACAUGAGGAUGAAGGCGAAGAAGGACGUCGAAGACGCAGGCAAAGAGAUUGACCGCUUUGAUCGGGACGCCACAUUAUGGUAG